AUGACCAAGGGCGACGAUCCCCAACAGGGGAAGGAGGUGGUUCCUCAAUCGGGCAUCGAGCUCACUCCCCAACAGGGACUCGAGGUAGUGCCCGUCGAGGAGGGAAUCGAAGUCGAUUCCCAGAAGAGAGACUUCAAGGAUGUCGACAUGGGAGAGUACAAGAGCAAGCAGGACAUUUCGCACGUCGAGCAAGUGAUCUCGUACUCGGACGACCUUGUCAAGGAUAACAUGGACAUUACACGCGUGGACAAGGAAAUUCAAGCCUACGCGGCCCACGAACAAGUCGAGAUCGACGAGGAGACCAACAAAAGGCUGAAGAAACUGGUGGACCGUCGUGUCCUGGUUAUCAUGAUCAUCACGUAUUUCUUGCAGGCCCUCGACAAGGGCACCAUGUCUUUCUCGGCAAUCAUGGGCAUCAAGCAAGAUGCAAACUUGGAGGAUGGUCAGAAGUACUCCUGGUUGACUACAUGUAUCUACAUCGCGGUCCUCAUCGUCGAAUAUCCGACCAACUGGAUUAUCCAGAGGGUCCCCAUUGGCAAAUACCUGGGCAUCAACAUUUGCCUUUGGGGCACAAUCUUGGCCCUCCAUGCAGCCUGUCACAACUUUGCCGGUCUUGUCACCGUGCGAACCCUACUGGGUAUAUUCGAAGCGUGUUGUCAGCCCAUCUUCGUCGUUCUUUCAUCAAUGUGGUACAAGAGAGAGGAACAGGCAGCGACUGUGACUUAUUGGUACAUGAUGAACGGUGCACAGCAAAUCGUUGGUGGCUUGUUAGCCUACUGCUUCACACUUAUCGGGGGUGACAAGGCCCUCAAGUCUUGGCAGGCGCUUUUCAUGACAUACGGAGUGAUUUCUGUCUUCUGGGGUUUGUUCGUGAUCUGGUGGAUGCCUGAUUCUCCCAUGCGUGCGAAGUGCUUCAGCGAAGAAGAUAAGCGCUUGAUGGUCGAACGUCUCCGUUCCAACCAGACCGGUAUUCAAAACCGAAAGUUCCGUGCCUACCAGAUCCGGGAGGCAUUGUUAGAUCCCCAGAUGUGGUGUUACUGCGCGGUGCAGAUGUUCACCACCCUCCCGACAAGUGGACUUGGAGCCUUCUUCGGCAUCAUUGUCUCAAGCUUCAACUUUACCACCCUGCAAACCCAAUUGCUUGCCAUGGUCCUGGGCGCGUACAUCAUUGUGAUUCUGCUGUCUUCUGCGUGGCUGGUGAAGAAGACCGGCCAGAACACACUGAUCAUGCUAUGCUUUAUCAUUCCGUCCUUCAUUGGAACCAUUGUCCUGAUCACUGUUGAGAACACCACACUGUCAACCAAGGUUGGACUUCUCAUCAGUUACUAUAUCACUAUGUCCUUCUGGUCAGCCCAGACUCUCACACUGUCCAUGGUGUCCCGGAACAUUGCCGGUGCCACCAAGAAAUCCACCGUGGUCGCUGCAACAUUCAUUUCAUGGGCCGCUGGCAAUGCCAUUGGCCCGCAGGUAUUCCUUGACUGGGAUGCCCCACGCUACCAUAUCGCAUGGAGUGUCCACCUCGCCUGCUAUGCGUGCAUGGUUUCCGCAGUGGUCUUCCUUCGCUUCCACCUCAAGCGGGAGAAUGCCAAGAAGGACAAGAUUCUGGCAGAAGCAGGACUCUCUGCGGCUGAUCCCAAUCUUGUCCACGCCUUCGAAGAUAAAACGGAUCGCGAGAACCUUAACUUCCGCUACGUAUACUAG